ACUAUUAUUAAGAUAUUUCAAUGCUUCGCCAACAAGGGCACACUGUCUGCUUAUUCGAGUGAUUUAGCAUUUUUCGGCACAAAAGAAAAUUGAAAAUUGAAAAGGUGCAAUCGUUGAGCAUACAUUUGACUGGAAACAACGCAGCUGGAAAAUGAGUCUUACGUCCGCCGCGGGGAUAAUUUCCCUACUCGAUGAGCCGAUGCCGGAUCUCAAGGUGUUUGCCCUUAAAAAACUGGACAACAUCGUGGACGAGUUCUGGCCGGAGAUCUCGGAGUCCAUCGAGAAGAUCGAAAUGCUGCAUGAAGAUCGCAGCUUUCCCGAAAACAAGCUGGCUGGCAUGGUGGCCUCCAAGGUGUUCUAUCACCUGGGUUCCUUCGAGGACGCCCUCACUUACGCCCUGGGCGCAGGCGAUCUCUUUGAUGUGAACGCAAGGAACGAGUACACAGAGACCAUUAUUGCCAAGUGCAUUGACUUUUACAUUGCCCAGCGAGUGGAGUUUAUCGAGAAUCCCAAGGAAGCGAGCGCCGUGGACGACCGACUGGAGGGGAUCGUAAACAGGAUGAUCCAGCGCUGCCUGGACGACAACCAGUUCCGCCAAGCGCUGGGUAUCGCAUUAGAAACCCGUCGCAUGGACAUCUUCGAGGCGGCCAUCAUGAAGUCGGAUGAUGUGCGUGGCAUGCUGGCCUACGCUUACAACGUGACCAUGUCGUUGAUUCAGAAUCGUGGCUUCCGCAACCAGGUGUUGCGCUGCCUGGUGGGUUUGUACAGGGAUCUGGGUGUGCCCGAUUAUGUGAACAUGUGCCAGUGCCUCAUCUUCCUCGAGGAUCCGCUGGCGGUGGCCGAGAUGCUGGACACUCUGACUCGCUCUUCGGUGGAGACAAACAAUCUGAUGGCCUACCAGAUUGCCUUCGAUCUUUACGAGUCUGCCACGCAGGAGUUCCUGGGCAACGUGCUGCAGGCUCUGAAAGACACUGCUCCCAUUCCCACCGCCCUCCCCAGCACUUUUAAGCCGCAGGGCACUAGUUCCGAAGACGGAACUAAGUCGGAAGGAGACAAGUCAAAGUCUGACGAAGAUAUCACAGAGGAUAAGCCGGCUGACGCCAAGGUAGAGCGCACAAUCGAUUCGCUGAACGAAGUUGAAAAGCUGCAUCAGAAGAACAUUGAAAAGCUUAUAUCAAUCCUGUCCGGCGAGGUUUCCAUCGAUCUGCAGCUUCAAUUCCUGAUACGCAGCAACCAUGCUGACUUGCAAGUCCUGCGAGGCACUAAGGAAGCUGUCCGUGUGUCUAUCUGCCACACAGCGACCGUCAUUGCGAAUGCCUUCAUGCACAGCGGUACCACCUCCGAUCAGUUUCUGCGUGACAACCUCGACUGGCUAGCCAGGGCAACGAAUUGGGCUAAGCUGACGGCAACUGCUUCUCUCGGUGUCAUUCAUCGGGGCCACGAGAAGGACUCGCUUGCCCUAAUGCAAAGUUACUUGCCCAAGGAGGCGGGCCCGAGUUCUGGAUACUCCGAGGGUGGUGCCCUAUACGCCUUAGGCUUGAUUCACGCAAAUCACGGAGCCAACAUUAUAGACUAUCUGCUGCAACAGCUGAAGGAUGCCCAGAACGAGAACGUACGCCAUGGUGGAUGCCUGGGACUGGGACUCGCUGGAAUGGGCACUCACCGCCAGGACCUUUACGAGCAGCUGAAGUUCAACCUUUACCAGGAUGACGCCGUCACUGGAGAGGCGGCGGGUAUCGCCAUGGGCAUGGUCAUGCUGGGCUCCAAAAACGCUCAGGCCAUAGAGGAUAUGGUGUCGUAUGCACAGGAAACGCAACACGAAAAGAUUCUACGAGGUCUGGCAGUGGGCAUCUCCCUCACCAUGUUCUCGCGUUUGGAGGAGGCCGAUCCGCUGGUGACCAGCCUGUCCACCGAUAAGGAUCCGGUCCUGCGUCGCUCUGGAAUGUACACCAUCGCUAUGGCCUACAAUGGAACCGGUAGCAAUAAGGCCAUCCGUAAGCUGCUUCACGUGGCCGUCUCCGACGUGAAUGACGAUGUGCGUCGCGCUGCAGUGACUGCAAUCGGUUUCAUCCUGUUCCGCACCCCGGAGCAGUGUCCCUCGGUGGUGAGUUUGCUGGCCGAGUCCUACAACCCACAUGUUCGUUACGGAGCUGCGAUGGCACUUGGUAUUGCCUGUGCCGGCACAGGAUUGCGAGAAGCAAUCGCCCUGCUGGAGCCCAUGGUUAAGUUCGACCCUGUGAAUUUUGUUCGUCAGGGAGCGCUGAUCGCCUCGGCAAUGAUCUUGAUCCAGCACACGGAUCAAAGCUGUCCAAAAUCUACCUUCUUCCGCCAGCUUUAUGCCGAAGUCAUAAGCAAUAAGCACGAAGAUGUGAUGGCCAAGUAUGGCGCUAUUCUGGCUCAGGGCAUUAUUGAUGCAGGUGGUAGGAAUGCCACUCUGUCCCUGCAAUCACGAACAGGACACACCAAUCUGCAGGCGGUGGUUGGCAUGUUGGCCUUUACUCAGUACUGGUACUGGUUCCCUCUGGCCCACACUCUAUCGCUUGCUUUCACACCCACUUGCGUCAUUGGCCUCAACUCCGACCUGAAGAUGCCCAAAAUGGAGUACAAGUCAGCGGCAAAGCCCUCGCUGUACGCCUAUCCCGCCCCGCUGGAGGAGAAAAAGAGCGAGGAGCGUGAAAAGGUAGCCACCGCAGUUCUGUCGAUUGCCGCACGGCAAAAGAGACGCGAGAAUGCGGACAAAAAGGAGGACGAGAAGAUGGAUGUCGAUGAGGACAGCAAGGAGGGUACUGCGGUGAAAAAGGACGAGGAAACCAAGACCGAGGAGAAGCCGGCGACAGAGGAGAAGCCCAAGAAGAAGGAGGAGAAGGAAAAGAAAAAGGAAGAGGACAAGGAAAAGGACAAGGAGGUGGCUGCCACCAGCAGCGAAAAGGACAAGGAAAAAGAAAAAGAGAAGGACAAAAAGGAGAAGAAGGAACCGGAGCCCACUUCCGAAGUUCUGCAGAAUCCCGCCCGCGUGCUCCGCCAGCAACUGAAGGUCCUCAGCGUCAUUGAUGGGCAAUCGUAUGAACCCCUAAAGGAUGUGACCAUCGGUGGAAUCAUAGUAUUCCAACACACUGGCAAGGCAGAGGACCAGGAGCUGGUAGAGCCAGUAGCCGCCUUUGGACCCAUGAACGACGAGGAGAAGGAGCCGGAGCCCCCAGAGCCCUUCGAGUACAUCGAGGACUAAAUGGGCAUGCUGUUUGUCAUUAUCUAAGUAACAUGUUCGAUUUUCAACCUUGCAUACUUUUCACGAGAGGUACUAAUCAGCAAAAAUCACGAAAAGCUUAUCCCUAAUUAUAACACAGUAAUAAAAUGUUCAUCGUACAAGAUGUAAA